AUGGGCGGGGAGCUGGUGACUGGCCUGGGGGCCCUGAGACGGAGAAAGCGCCUGCUGGAGCAGGAGAAGAGGGUGGCUGGCUGGGCGCUGGUGCUGGCGGGAACUGGCAUCGGACUCAUGGUCCUGCACGCUGAGAUGUUGUGGUUCCUGGGUUGCAAGUGGGUGCUGUACCUCCUCCUGGUUAAGUGUUUGAUCACCCUGUCCACUGCCUUCCUCCUUUGUCUUAUUGUGGUCUUCCAUGCCAAGGAGGUCCAGCUGUUCAUGACUGACAACGGGCUCCGAGACUGGCGCGUGGCGCUGACCCGGCGGCAGGUGGCGCAGAUCCUGCUGGAGCUUCUGGUGUGCGGGGUGCACCCGGUGCCCCUACGGAGCCCGCACUGCGCCCUGGCGGGGGAGGGCACCGACGCGCAGCCCUGGCCGGGCUUCCUGGGCGAAGGCGAGGCGUUGCUGUCCCUGGCCAUGCUGCUGCGUCUCUACCUGGUGCCCCGCGCGGUGCUGCUGCGCAGCGGGGUCCUGAUCAAUGCGUCCUACCGCAGCAUCGGGGCGCUCAACCAAGUCCGCUUCCGCCACUGGUUCGUGGCCAAGCUAUACAUGAACACGCACCCGGGUCGCCUGCUGCUGGGCCUCACGCUGGGCCUCUGGCUCACCACAGCUUGGGUGCUGUCUGUGGCCGAGAGGCAGGCUGUCAAUGCCACGGGGCACCUCACAGACACACUGUGGCUCAUACCAAUCACAUUCCUGACCAUCGGCUAUGGGGACGUGGUACCCGGGACCAUAUGGGGCAAGAUUGUCUGCCUAUGCACCGGAGUCAUGGGGGUCUGCUGCACGGCUCUCCUGGUGGCUGUGGUGGCCCGGAAGCUGGAGUUCAACAAGGCGGAGAAACACGUGCACAACUUCAUGAUGGACAUCCAUUACGCCAAGGAGAUGAAGGAGUCAGCUGCGCGGCUGCUGCAGGAGGCCUGGAUGUACUACAAGCACACUCGAAGGAAGGACUCCCGAGCUGCCCGCAGGCAUCAGCGAAAGAUGCUGGCUGCCAUCCACACGUUCCGCCAGGUACGGCUGAAACACCGGAAGCUCCGGGAACAAGUGAAUUCCAUGGUGGACAUCUCCAAGAUGCACAUAAUCCUGUGCGACCUGCAGCUGGGUCUCAGCGCAUCGCACCGUGCUCUGGAGAAGAGAAUCGACGGGCUGGCAGGAAAGCUGGAUGCCCUGACGGAGCUGCUCGGCACUGCCCUGCAGCAACAGCAGCUCUCAGAACCCAGCCAGGAGGCCACAUAGCUGGACCCACAGAAGAAUCAGGCUAUGUACCCAAGGACUGAACUCAAGGACAUCC